AGCGUCCAUCGGCCUGCGCGCACGGCACCAAAGGCGUCCAAUUGUCUGCUGCCGCCCAGAAGGUUCCGGCUCACGCCCGCGCCGCCACCGCCACCCGUAUAUAAAGGCGAGGGCGGCGCCGCCGCGGUAGCUUAGCUAUCAGCCGCCGGCAGACACCCAGACACCCGCCAUGAGUGCCGCGCCCUCGGGAACGAAACCGUCACAUGGAUCGGCGUACGAGGUGCUACGAAACGAGAAGGUUGGGAGGUACGCCGUGGCGACGCGCGACCUGGAGCCGGGCGCCGAGGUGCUGACGGAGCUGCCGGUGGCGGUGGGGCCCAAGGUGGACAGCAUGCUGUGCUGCCUCGGCUGCUACGCCUACAACGACGGCUCGACGCUGUGCUCGCGCUGCGGCUGGCCCGUCUGCGGGCCGGACUGCGAGGCGGCGGCCGCCCACGCGCAGGCGGAGUGCGCCGAGUUCUCGCGCGCCGGCGUGCGCCUCGCGCCCGUCGAGGACCCCGCCGACAGCUGCCCGCAGCUCGAGUGCAUCCUGCCGCUGCGCGCGCUGCUCGCCAAGGAGCGAGACCCGGCGCGCUGGCAGCGGGAGGUGGCGCCCAUGCAGGCGCAUAACGACCGCCGCCGCGACACGCCCGGCUGGCACUCCAACCAGGUCAACGUCGUCUCCUUCCUGCGGGACCGCUGCGGGCUCGCAGACAGGUUCGACGAGGAGCUGGUGCACACGGUGUGCGGCAUCCUGGAGGUGAACUGCUUCGAGGUGCGCUGCGAGAACGGCGCCCUGGUGCGCGGUCUCUACCCGCAGACGGCCAUCCUGUCCCACAACUGCAUCGCCAACACCGGACACACCAUCGCCACGCGCUCCGAGACUGGCGAGCAGCACAGGCUGAAGCUGCACGUGACGGUGCGCGUGCCGGCGGGCGGCGAGCUGUUCACGUCGUACACGCACUCGCUGGACCCCACGAUGGUGCGGCGAGAGAUGCUGUCGCGCGGCAAGUUCUUCGAGUGCUGCUGCGAGCGCUGCAAGGACCCCACCGAGCUGGGCACCAACCUCAGCACGCUCAAGUGCAGCAAGUGCGACAACGGUGUGCUGCUCUCCGCCGAUCCUCUCGAGCCGAGCGCGCAGUGGCGGUGCACGCGCUGCGAGUUCUGCACGCGCGGCGAGGCGGUGCGGCGCGUGCUGCAGCUGAUCUCGAACGAGCUGCAGAUGGUGGAGGCGGGCGACAGCGUGGAGGCGCGCGAGGCGCUGUUCCGCAAGUACCGCAGCGUGCUGCACCCGCGCCACGCCUACAUGUCGCAGAUGCGCCACUCGCUGUGCCAGCUGUACGGCCGCGUCGACGACUACCUGCUCGACGACCUGCCCGACGUGCUGCUCGAGCGCAAGGUCGACCUCUGCCGCGACCUGCUCGCCGUCGCUGACGUCGUCGAGCCGGGCCUCUCGCGCCUCAGAGGCGUGGUGCUGUACGAGCUGCACGCGCCGCUGAUGUACCUGGCGCGGCACAAGGAGGAGUUCGGCGAGAUCGACUCUAAGGAGAUGUGCCGGCGCAUGGAGGAGGCGGCGGCGUGCCUGUCGGAGGCGGCGGCCAUCCUGGCGCUGGAGGACGCGUCCACCAACGAGGCGGCCAUGGGCCGCGCCGCCGCCGCCGGCCUGCUGCAACUGCGCGCCUCGCUCGACCACAUGCGCCAGCAGCACGCGCAGCGCCAGUAGCCCAGCUCCUGUCCCCAAGCACUGCGGCUCUGUGUCUACUGGUCACAGUGCUCGCCAAAUGACUGGACCACGAUAAGAAAUGGGAUUUUUACUGGUUCUAGCGAGGACACUACAAUUGUUCUGUGCACUUCCUUUACACCAAACGCCAUAUGUUUACGUAAUAGUCUAGUUGCAUUCACACGUGUUGUAAUACUCCCUACCAGUGGCCUUGAUGGCAGUUUAUCUCUGACAGUCUCUUCUUCGGAACUAUUCCCACCAGUUCCUCGCAUGGUGGCAUCUGUGUUCCUAAAAUUAGCGUCCUUUUACUUCUGUGGUUGAAUGUUUCUCUUGUCGUCAUGAAAAGCCGUCAUCAACCCGAAGAUUAGACUGAGUCGUGAGUGCUCUACUAGGCAUCGUCCUGACUUCGCAACUUUCGAACUUAAUUAUUACACUUUGACGUGGCCCAGAACCACAGUGCAGCUUCCCAUUUCUGACGUCAACUAAUGAUCGUCAGAAGUGGGAAAAACGAUAAGUCCUACAACCUAUUGGCGAUCUGUAGCUCGGCUAUUAGUCACUUAGCGAGCUACCUUGCUCCAUAACGCAGCUUAAAUCUUGUGGUGUGCGUACUGUAAGACCUUCAGAACACACACCAUCAGAUUAUUUGCCUUGUCGCUCUAACGAAGUAGGCGAGUGUCAGCAAUAUGUCUCGUGGUCUUAUCGUGGC